UGUGGGGGGUUGGAUGUAAUUCACCCCAUCAUUCAGCCAACGUAUCUCAUUCACUGCAGUCACCUGACUUCUCUUGUUAAGAUGGCGUAUUUGGGCAUGAUCGCAUUAUUCUCAGCAGCUCUCUUGGCUUCAGUUGCAGCGGAUGUGAGAAGCCUUUACAGUCAACCUGAGCAAGACCACGACCACGAUCAUGAUCAUGACCAUGACCAUGCUGAAGAGGCGGCCCAUGUGGGGUUACCUGGUUUUGGACCGGUGCAAGUUUCCCCCGAUGGUUCAGUGUCGCAACUUAAUCCUUCAGGCAAUGCCGGCACACCUAUUGUGUUAAACCCUGGUGACGUAAGGACCUCUCCCUUGAACCAGCAAUCUGGCGGUUCUCAGUCGUUCGGGCAACAGUCGGGCAGUGGCGUUUAG